ACCAAAACCGAUUUAUUCAAACCGAACUAACCUAAGCCUAAAUGCUAGUAUGCGCUCUGCUGGCUUCUCUCCUUCCAUCGUCUCUAACAGAAAUCUUGAGGGAUUCUAAUGGCAGAAGUGAGUCUUGGUAUGCUUAUAGACAUUGUGGACGAGGAGUGGAUGAGGGACACUCUCCCUGAUGAUGAUCUCCCAUUGCCUCCAGUGCUUGCUGUUAGGACUGAUGAUACUGAAGAAACCAAUCAGGAAACUCAGCAAGUGGAUGGAGAAGCUUGGCAUGAUCUUGCACUGGAUACUCAGUAAAAAAACGCCACAAAGUUUCAGUGGAUGUAAAUUCCUACUUGCAUCUCCUUUUAUUUUGUAUGAUCACAACUUGUAAGCUUUGUAUGAAGACACAGUCAUUGCUUCACUUCUUCUAUUAAUAAAACUCUCUUGGAUUCCUUUUUUGGAUGGAAUAAAUUUGCUUCUUGCUGUUGA